CGAUUUAGCCUAUUUGUCUCGUAUAUUUCAGUUGAUUUGACGUGCAACUUAACAUUUCUUCGUUUAUUUAUCAUUUCUGCCCAAUGGAUUGGAAAUAUAUCCUGUCUAUAUCACCCGAUAAUCUCGAUGAAGAUGAAAAGGAAAAUUUAUAUACGAAAAUCGCAUGGUUUGACUGUCAAAGUGAAAAACUUGAUUACACUAAAUACGAUGCGUUGUUUAAAAUUAGCCAAGAGCUAAUGAAACAUAAAUCUGAACAGGUUGAAGCAUUGCUCGCCGAGUUAGAUGAAUUAGCUGUUCGGCAGGGCGAAGAAGAGGCAAAGAAGCAAGAAUCAUUAGAAGAUGUGCCUAGUUUAAAAUCAAAAAGGUCUCAAAUGUCGUUUGACACUAAUGACGAACUGGAACGAAAAUACAAAGAACUCAAACAGAAAUUAAAGCAACAAUUAAAAGUUAACGAAAACUUGAGGUCUGAAUUCGAAAAGUGCAAACGAAAUUUAGCAGCUGUCGAGGAAGAAAAUACUCACCUUAAAUCGGAGAUUCAAUCUAUUUUAAGUCAGGGAGACGAAAGUCGUUCGGAUAUGUCAGAAGCGACCACCGACCAAUAUAAGGAAUUAGUGCAAACCGUACAGCUCAAAAAUAAACAAAUAUCGCAAUUACUCGACGACAUUCAGAUUAUUGAGAAAGAAAACAUCGUGUUACAGGAAAUGAUUUCUAAACUGAAAGACGAACUUUUGGAUGCGUCCAAACAGCUGUCAACCAUGACCAAAGAUUACUCUGCGUUGAAAGUUGAAUUUAAUGAUAAAUUAGACACUAACAAUCAUCUAAGAAUGGAGAUUGAAGCGUUUCAAACUCAGAUUCAAGAUUUCAUCGAAGAGAAGCAACAGAGAGAUCAAGAAAUUGACGAAUUUACUUUAGCAAUCGACAAACGUGCUGACGAGUGGAAAACACUACUCCAGGAAAAAGACAAGGAAUUGAAGAGGUUAAAAUAUGAAGUAAGGCAAACUAGUGUGUACUCGUCCAAAAUGAGUAUACCAGAUCACGGCAGUGAAGACAAGGCUUACGUCGGCGUACUAAACAAGGCCAUUAGUGAACGAGAUGAUCAGUUAACAGAGUUACGAAUCCGAUUGCAAGAAGCUACGAAGGAGAUGGACAAGAGUACUAAGUUAAUUAAUCAAAUAACUUCAGAAAAGAACGCUUGCAUUCGACGCAUUGAUGAAUCUAGCUCAAUUAUCAAGAAUUUGAAAAAUCAACUAAAAGCAGCCCAUGAACGCUGCCAAGAAUUGCAGGACAACAUUAAGUAUGCAGAUCAGCUUGUCGAAAAUAAACAAAAAGACAUUAACGAGAUUUUGGAUAAACUCAAACAGGACGGCCAAAUUGAACUGUCGAAGGGAUUAGAAGAGGUUCAAAACCUCAAGUCUAAAGUUAGAGCACAAGAUAAACAAAUUACGGAUUACGUAAAGAUUAUGAACAAACUACAAACCUCCAUUGAUUGUAUUGCGAAUGAAAAUAGUGCCUUGCGAAACAAGCUGGGUGUACCAGAGGAUGAAGAAGUCAGUAUAGCAGGUGUACUACUAAAGCAACACAAGCAAUCCAGAAGUGUUGAUAAAUUAGAGAAACAGCUUACGGAGUUGGAAGAAGAUAAAUUAAACUUAAAAUCCGAAAUACAACAGUUAAAUCGCAAAGUUUCCACUCUUUCAUUAAAGUUACUUCAUUCCAAUGAAAUGAUCUCCAAUGUAGAAGACGCAACAAACUCAAAUGCUCACAAUGUAAAGCUGGACUUGGAUAAUCACAGCGUUGAAGGUAAACAAGAAUACGUAGAGUUACUCGAAGAAAAUGAAGGUCUUAGGAAAGGUCUUCAUGAAAUAUUGGAAAGUAUCCAAGCAAGAAAUGACUCUAGUCAGAAUGAGAUAAAAUCUAGAACUUUGGAAAAAUUACUUUGUACCUUAGAUACAAGACAUAUAUCAGGUUGGUAUCAUCCGGCAAUGCGAUUACAAGCAGAGCUUCACACAAUGAAAGGAGUAAACAAGGAAUUGAGAGAACAACUCAAAGCUACGAGACUAGAGCUCAGCACCAAACAUCAAAUAAUUGACAGUGACCGAAAUGCAGUAGUGGUGCAAGAAUUGCCAUCAAACAUGUCGUCGUCAGCUAAAGAAAUGGUAUCCAAUCUGAAUAAUCAUUUACUAAAUGCAUUGGGCGGUUACCAUGAGCAAGCAGAAAUGUCUGAAAAGUUGACUGAAAAACUUGACGAAUACAAAGAAAGGUUUGAAAUAAGCGAACAACAGGUAAAAUUGCUAUACGACCAGUUUAUGUCAGAAAAGAAGGUAUGGGAAGGCAAGGAAACAAGUUAUGGUCACACCAUAAGAGAGCUUGAAGAAAACGUCGCGGUGCUAGAAGCAAAAUUGCAAGAGUUUUCUAAUAUGCAAGAGGACGAGUAUGAAAAGGUCAAACGAUUCGCAGAAAUAUCAGCAAAUAUGGUAAAGCUGAACAGAAAAUGCGUGUUUUUAGAGAAUGAAGAAACUAGACUUUCGUCGGAAAAUAAAGAGUUAAAGGCCAACCUUGCUAAUGCAGAACUUGUUUCAACAAAUGUUAUAUCGAAGUUAACCAAAGAAAAAAAUGAUUUAAACGCAAAGUUGGACAUAUUAGAUACUUCUAUUGAUGGAAGGGUAGAUCGCCAAAUUUUGAAUAACUUACAAACAAAUUUUGAUAACCUAACAAUUAAAUACAGAGCUUCCUUAGAAAAUGUCGAGAUCAUUAAACGUAAGGGUGAUCAAAACACUAUUUUCCUGAAUGAAUCCAUUAAGCAUCUCGAAAAGCACAACGUGGAGUUGCAAGCCCAGUUGCUUAAAACGUCAAUUAGUGCACACAUUCAAGAGUCGAUUUCUGUGUCGAAUGAUUUGCAAACGCUUUCCGCUAAACUGGCACAGGUUGAAAUUAACGAAAUAGAAGAACGACAAAGAGCAAACCACAUGACGAGUCUAUACGGAUUGGUCAAAGAACAGUUACAAAAAUCAGAUGAACGCAUCCAAGAACAUGAAAAGCAUCGAGAAGAACUGGUCCGAAAUAAUCUGGCACUUCAAGAAAAUCUCGUUACUUUGGAGAACAACCUCAUAACUUACGUUGAUUUGCAAACCCUCACGGAGUUGGAACAGAAAAAGGUAACAAUCGAACGAGAUUUACGGCGGUUACAAACCGAAAAUGAGAAUCUGAAGUCUGAACUGAAGGCUUUGCACAAAUCUGCGCAGGCACAUACCAACGAGCGGGCAAUUGAAACUAUGGAGCUUCUAAAUUUAAAGCAUCAACUUUUGGAUUUGCAAUCUAACAGUGACGAAAAGGCGUUAAUUGCACGGUUAAGUUCCGAUGUUGUCCUCGCGAGGCUGUCGGAGACAGAGUGUCAUAAGAAACUACAAGAACUGGACAAUGAGCUACUGGAAUGCCAGAGCAACUAUGAUAUGUGUCAAAGUAUUCUACAGCAGGAAAAAUUGGAAAGGGAAAAUUUGCGUGCCAAAUAUGACCGCAAAAUAAGUAAUUUAGAAACUAUUAUAUAUCUCCAAAGACAACAGUAUUUGGGAAGUCUUCCGUUAGUUUCGAAAGAGGCAUUUAUAAGUCAACUUCGAGAAAUAAUGAAUGACAAACAAAAAACUUAUGAACAAUUACAAUGCAUUAGUAGACAAAAACAUGAAUGUGAGCUCUUGAAUGAUGAAUUGAAGAAAAAAAUUGAGUUGGUGGAUGAGUUAAAAAUAAAACAUGUGCAAAGUUCCGGCGAUGCAAUGAAUCAAAUUCAAAACUGGUAUCAAGAACGAAAUUCUAUAUUGAUUAAGGAAUUGCGAUACCGCAAGCAGAUAGAGUUAAAUAACUUGCAGGUGGAACAGUUAACAGAGCGAUUGAAAAACCAAGACGGCGUAAUAAUUAGCUUAGAAGAAGCACUAGUGCGCUCCCUGUAUUCUGAAAAUUUCCUUUCAAAUGAAGUGAAAAGGGAGGAUAAGUGUACAGCAACAUCCCCUUUCCAUGAAGUUCCAAUUUUGACUCACAGCGAGCCAAAAGUGCUUAAACAACAAGAGGUUCAAACCUCAUCUGAAUUACUUGCAGCAUUCUCUGGCGACAAGGAAUUUAAUGCGUUAAUAGUUGAGUUAGAAAAAAAAUUAAACGCCUCUGACAAUGUAAUCAGCGAAAAAUGCGCCACCAUAGAUCAACUGAAAAGUAAAAUUACUGAGCUGGAGAUGAACAUCAGUUUAUUUAGAACCCAAAUUGGAGAUAAGCAAAGUCAAAUAACUUUUUAUGAAAAGCACAUUUUAGAGUUGCAGAAUAAAUUGAAGAAGACCGAGUCUGAGGGUACUAAGGUCAAUACUGUCGAGCAAUCUCAUGUGGCCGAAGAGGUUGUAUCUUUAAAGAACUCCUUGAAGCAACUUCAAGACGAUAACUCGCAGAAGGACGAGGUAGUGUUGAAAUACCAAACGCUUUUAAAGCGUGAUAGGGACGAGCACAGUUUGGCUGCCGCGCGGUCGCAACAGGAGCUGAAACGACUACAGGAUAUCAUCUCUGGUCAAGAAAAAGCGUACAAAGAAUUACAAGAGACAUCAAUCCAACACCCAGGCAAAGCGGCGAUUGAACAAUAUAUUAACCAAGUACACGCCCUUGAACAUCACACUGCCGCUUUACAUACAGACGUUUCAACACUAACUUCGCAACUACAAGCCUGUCGACAAGAAGCUGUUAGAUGGCAAGAGUUGGCAAAUGAACGUUUGGAAAGUAUUGAUCAACUGAGAACAAAUCUAGAAGAGCAGCACAGAAACGAAAUCAUGGUGUAUAAGAAAGAUUCAGAAAAAUGGCGUUCUGAAAUUUUUACUCUGAAAGAGCUGAUUAGUAAGCAUCGUCACGAACUACAUUUAUUUGAACCUGACAGUAACACUGUAAAAGAAAAGGACGAAAAGAUUCGUGAAUUGAAUUCUGCCGUUAAGCGGUUAAAGAGCGAGCGAAAGGAAUUUGAAAGGGCAGAAUUGGCAUCACCAAAAGUAUCAGAACUGGAGUCUGUUAAUGAACAGUUGAUGAAAGAAUAUGAACUUAUGAAGAGAAAGUAUGAACAAGUGAUCAGUCGAGAAAGGCAGGCAAAGGAGGAAUUGCGUAAUCUGAAGGAACAGAUAUUGAAAAAGCCUUUAUCUGCAAGAAGCGAUAGAAGUGACAAAGAAGAACGUCUACAAAAGAGAAUCAAGACUUUGGAAACUGAGUUGGAGGACACACGUGACAAAUUGGAAAAACAACUUGUAAUUAAUGGCGCUCAUAAAAUUACAGUUACCGAAGACUUUGAAAAGUGGAAAAAACAAAAAUAUUGGCAACAGGCCGCCGAAAAACUAAAAUCGAAACUGCAAGAAAAAUGCGAAGACUAUAACAAGUUAAACCAGACAUGUGCGGGUUACAAGAUCUUGAUUGAAAGAUUGGAAAGAGAAAAGCAUACCCUCGAGAGCCGAGUUAAGGGUUUGCGGCAUACCAGCCACGAUGUAAUUUCCAAACGCGUCGAGAUGCUACACUUGGAAAAUGACAGACUCGUAUUAGAGAACGAAAAUUUAUCGUCAAGAUUACAAAUGCAGCAUUUGCAUUCCGGUGGUCUCGGGGCCGCCAUGCUGGAAGAGAAGUUGCAAGCUCAAGAGAAGAAGAUUGCUAUUCUAGAAGUGACCAAUAAGGGCAACGUUGAAAUUCGCGCAGAGAUAGAACGCUUACAUACCAUCAAUGAAAAUCUGCAAAAAUUAAAUUUGCGUUUGGAAUCUGAGAACCUGGAGCUGAAGUUAGAUUUGGAAAAGUACGCGAACGAUACACCUCAUUUACGCGAGCAGAUCCAACACUUGGAAAGUUACAUAGAAGUUUUGAAAGCGGAGAAUGAAGGUAAACAUGUUGUAUCAGAUUCGGGAGACCAUGCACAGAAAAGCGAUAAAAAAAUCUCGGAACUAGAGAGGACUGUAUUUGUACUGAAGCGGGUUGUGGAAAAACUUCAAGCGGAAAAUAAGAGAUUAGGGAGUUCUGGAAAAAUUUGCAAUACGUCAGAUCGCAUGGGUUACGAAAAACUGCGUCUCGAUUAUAAUCGCCUAAAGGAACAAUACGCUGAAAGAAUUCAGGAGAUAUCCAAACUGGAGGAACUACUAAAAUCGACAAAUAAGAAAAUUACUCUACUAGAGCAGAGGGAACUUUCGAAAGAAGUUAACACGCUCGCCGACGAAAUGUCCCGUGUUAAAGCGGAACUGGCCCAUAAAUCCCAACUUUUGGAUAAAAUUAAAGUACUUCUUCAACGUGCCGCUUCCAAGGAAAAAUCUUUACUGGAAGAGACUAAUCUUAAUAACGUAAAUGCAACAAUUCGCCAAUGGUUGAGACAAAAGUUAAUUCAGUAUAAAGUGCUUUCGUUAAAACUCAGCUUGCAUAAUGAAUCUCUUCGUGAAAAUAACCUUAUUGAAGAUGAUUAAUUAUUGUGCUUCUUGAUAGCAACAUUAAAGCGAGCAAUUGCCACAAGAGCC